CCAUCGCUCGCUCGAGAUCUCUCUUUUUCGUUGGUCGAUCUCCUCCUCCUCCUCCGGGCGUCUCGGGUUGGCUAGCUGCGCGCGGGGACGAUCGGCGAUCGAAUGGACAGGUGGUGGCUGCAGCGGCGGCGGCCGGAGCCGGCGGCCAUCGACAUCACGUGGGUCUCGUGCAGGGGAGUGAAGUCGUCCGUCCCUUUCCACACGCCCUGCCUCUACGCCUCCAUCUACGUGCAGCACGCGUCCUCGCCGUCCUCGUCGUCGUCGUCGUCGUGCGGACGGCGCGGGAACCGCGUCAAGACCGCCACCGACAGGACCGGCGGCGGGAACCCGGAGUGGGACGCGCCGCUGCGGCUCUACCUCCCCGUCGACUCCUCCUCCUCACCCGCGUCGUCAUGCGGAGAGCGGGAAUCGGCUGCCUCGAUGGCGGCGAGCGAAAAGGAGGGCGGCCUUCUCGUGCGGUUCGAGCUCAAGUCGGAGGUGGCCGUGCUCGGGGACGUGCUCUCCGCGACCGCCGCCGUGCCUGUCGCCGAGCUCGUCGCGGACGGGACGACGCGCCGCGUGUCGUACCAGCUAACUUGGCCCGACGGCAAGCACCCCAACGGCGUCAUCUCCUUCUCCUACGCCUUCCACGCCGUCGGGUCGUCGUCUUCGUCGCCCAAUAGCGACGCCGACGACGACCGGAGCACCAUCAGCAGCGAGUGUGACUCGUUCACUCCACCUUGCCCAGCCGCAUCUAGAGCGAUCACGACCCUCCCUCCGCCGCCGACGCAGUCCGCCUCCGCCACCGCGUCCCCGACGAUGUACCCGGUGAUAGACUGGCCGCUGACCGAGCAAGUCACACUCACGCCCUUGCUCCUUUACCCGCCGGCGAAGGUCUACCCUCCUCCGCCACCACCACCGCCGACCACUCUGCCGUUAUUCCCGCCGCCGUCUCCGGCGUCCAGCAUCUACCCGCCGACCGUGAGGGAGCCGGCGGUCAGUCGUAGCAGCAUGUACCCGAGGGUAGACCUUGAGCCAGUGAGCUGCUACCCGCCGCCGCCACCGCCGCCGACGGCGGCAGCCAUCUACGGCGGGGUAUGCGGGUACGCGGCGGCGCCGGGGUGGGACGGACGGUGCUCGAACUGUUGAAUGGCAAGUCGUCGCCGCCGUCGUUGCGCGGGCUCAAUAGUUUCUUGAUCCGUGCCACCCUCCCGCCUCGUUAUUUUUUUCUCUUUUAAAUUACUCAUUGAUUUGAGUUUAAAUUUAAAAUUGUUGUAAUUAUGAGUUCAAAUAUUAGGCAGAGGAGAAUGCCGGCGGCCUGUAGUUCUUCAAUGUGUCAAUAUACCCUUGCUACUGUAUUUUGAGAAAAUAUACUAUUGUUAUUAUAUUGAUCUUACUGAAUAUGACUUAGCUUAGGAUUCUAAUUUCUCGAGCA